GUUUGCUCGGACGUCGGACCCGUCGUCCAUACAGCCAUGGUUGUCUUUUCAAGAUUGAUUCCUUCCUUGACCAUUUCUUAUGCCAUACAAAGUAUUUUUGCCUCUGUAUUCGUGCCGCUUCAGGAAGAUAGGUACUAUGACCUUGCUGGAUCGAUAGGCUUCCUUUCGACCACCUUUGUCUCGAUGUACUACCCGACUCUCCGAGAUAGUUUUGCAGCUAGGGAGCUUCUUCCUCUACCCGCUCUCUCAACAUUUGCUCCUCGUCAGCUACUUUUAUCCGGUGCUCUUAGCUUCUGGUCUUCAAGACUGGGAAUAUUUUUAUUCGAACGAGCUUUGAAAGCCGGCGGUGACUCCAGGUUUGACAAAAUCAAACGUAGUCCAGCCCGUUUCACGACUGCCUGGAUGGUUCAAGCCGCUUGGACUUUCCUGGUUGGCAUGCCAGUGUAUCUGAACAACGCUAUUCCUUCUGCUGCUCAUCCACCUCUUUCUAUCCAUGAUUUCGUCGGGUUGGGUCUAUUUGCUGCCUCCCUUGUCCUCGAGGUUCUCGCCGACUACCAAAAGUCAAAAUGGAGACGUGCAAAAGACAACAUGAAACAUAAUGAAAAGUUCAUUAGCAACGGUGUCUGGAGCAUUAGUCGACAUCCCAAUUAUUUGGGUGAAAUAGGUAUAUGGACCGGUAUUUGGAUCCUUUCGACUCGAAGUCUCUCAGUUUCAAGUUCUCCGCGGGUAGCGAUCGCACUCUCCACCAUCAGCCCGCUCUUGACUUAUCUCUUACUCACUAAAGUAUCCGGUGUACCUCUGAUUGAGAAAGCCAACAAUAAAAAGUUUGGUACUGACCCUAGAUGGCUACGAUACAAGAGGACCGUUCCUGUCCUCUGGCCAUGGCAAUGAAAUGAUCGUUCGUCUGCAUCUUUCAAUGUAUCAUAAUAAGUAUAUUGGAGGGAAUCAGAACCAAAUUGUGUAACUUUCAAGCACGGGCCAUAGGGAAUAAUGAAGAGCGCACAGUUGACACG